ACUAGAAUACUCAUUUGCUUAAAUCUUUAGACGAACCUGUUUCAUGCGGGUCGUGUUUGCAUCUUUUCCACGUUCGACAUCGGUUUUCUCCAAAACUACAUACGUGUCCAUAACAUGAACCAAAAUGAAUCACUCAUAACUAGUAACUCAUUUUCCAAUCUCUCUAUUAAGAGAAUUCGGGAAUUACUUCCUAUAGCACGCUUUCGCCGGGAACUACUGUAUCUCAUUGAAAACCAUCAAGUUACUGUUGUUAUUGGAAGCACAGGAUGUGGAAAAUCUACACAACUCACGCAGUACCUUUAUGAAAGUGGUUGGGCUGAAAGCGGAAAAUGUAUUGCAUGCACUGAGCCAAGAAAAGUCGUGGUAAAAAGUCUUGCUCAACGUGUAGCCGAGGAGAUGGGCUGUACGUUAGGGGAAGAAUGUGGAUACGGAAUGUCUUUUGAGUCAUGUACUUCAAAAACAACAAAGGUGAAAUAUAUAACUGAUGGUUUAUUACUUCAAGAAAUGUUCAUUGAUCCACUACUUACUCAGUACUCCGUGAUCAUGCUCGAUGAAGUUCACGAAAGAACCAUAGCUACAGACCUUCUUUUGUGCCUUUUAAAAAAAAUUCUUAAACAGAGAUCCGACCUACGCAUUAUCGUGGCCAGCGCAACUCUUGAUGCAGAGAAGUUAGAAGAGUAUUUCAAAGUGGAUCAGCUUUCUUGUACUACAUUUCAUUUAGAGAGUCGUCUUUUUCCUGUUGAUGUAUUCUAUUUGUCUACUCCUACGGAAAAUUACCUGGAAAAUGCAAUUGAAGUCUGCUCAAGCAUUAACAAAACGGCCCCUGCUGAUGAUGAUAUACUGGUCUUUUUAAGUGGAAGGGCUGAAAUUGAUGAGUGUGUCAAACGUCUUGAAACCGCUUCCUUGAGAAACAUAGGUUCAGCGCCUCAGAUGGUUGCACUUCCCUUAUACUCUGGCCUCACGCUCGAUGAGCAGAUGCGUGUAUUCCAAAAAGUUGAACAGGGAUCAAGAAAAGUUGUAUUUGCUACGAACAUCGCAGAAGCGAGCAUUUCCGUGGAAGGAAUUACUUACGUGAUUGAUUGUGGUUAUGAAAAAGUGAGAGUUUAUAAUCCAUACAAUCGGUCUACUGCACUUGUGAAGACUAGCAUUAGUCAAGCUAGUGCUGACCAACGUGCUGGUCGUGCUGGUCGGACGAAACCCGGGAAGUGUUUUCGACUAUACACUGAAGCUGCGUUUUCUGCUCUCAAAGCAAAGUCUUCUCCUGAACUCACUCACUCAGACUUAAUACAACCGCUCCUCUUCCUAAAAGCUAUGGGUAUUAAAAACAUUGUCAAUCUUUCAUUUCUUGACAAUCCACCGACUGUCCAGUUUAUGGCUGCCUUAGAGGAACUCUACUUUUUAGGUGCUCUGGAUGAGAUGGGUCAUCUUACUCGCCCACUUGGAUACAGUAUGGCCGAGUUCCCUUUACAUCCAAGAUUGUCGAAGACUCUAUUAACUGCAGCCAAAUUUGGAUGUGUCCAGGAAGUACUGAAUAUUUGUUCCAUUCUUACGAUCACGACGAACUUGUUUAUCAAGCGUUCCUCGGCUGAAUAUUUCAACUCUUUUUACAAAUUCGCAGUCGAAGAAGGAGACUUACUGACACAGCUUAAUGCUUUCCACGCGUACUUGAAGCAAAAAAGGGAAUCACGAUGGUGUUCGAAUCAUUGUCUGAAUGCGCAAUCCCUGUUACAAGCGGAACAAGUGCAGCAACGAUUGCAACAGUAUCUACGAAAAUUUGGAGUCUAUGCAACAUCGCGCAAACCCACUGAUAAAACCAACAUUCUGAAAUGUUUCUUAGCCUCUCAUUAUUCUUACGUCGCGAAGCGCCAAAGAAAUGGUUCUUAUAAAACACCCGAAGGAUUGAAUGUCUACAUCGAUAAAGAUAGCGUACUCCACGAACAAACACCUACAUGGAUUAUGUAUUAUGAAGCGGAGACAAUUGGUGAAAAGACGUAUGCUAAGGUUGUUUCGGUAAUUGAGGGAGCUUGGUUAAGAGACUAUUACGAUGAAAAAAAGAACACAACUGGAGCAGCCUAACAAAAGUGUUUCUCUACAAAUUGUAUCAAAAGCUCAGUCAUGUUUUCAUCUUGGUAUCCUUUGUGGGCAAAUUCAAAUAACCAAUUUGUUCCGCAAAAAAAGGAAUUUUAGUGACUAUUCAACAUACUGCUGAAACUUCCCCAUUGAUUAUCGACUCUGCGAACCUUCCAUUCGUUUAUCUUCUUUUCUUUUUGAACCAUAUGCUUACUGUUCCCCCACAUUAUCCCACCACCCCCAUUUCCCCCAUUUGUCACCACCGAGCUCUGCCGAGUUUAAUACAGCCAUUGGUGACCUCAAGCCGCUCCGGUAA